AGAAUAUUUAAUUUUAUUCAAUUAUUUGCACAGUUGUCGAAUCAGAACAACAGAAACACCCAGGCACGCGCUCAGUAACCAGAAGUUGCAGCCAUGAAGUGCAAGCAAGCACACAAUCAGACCUUGCUGGGCUUGGCUUUGAUUGUUGCCAUCGCGAUUUCGACGGUGACAACUUUGCCCGUGACGCAAAACAAAAAAGCGGACCCCAAGGAGGCUGAAUCCAGCAGCACCCCCGCCACAGCUGACGUGGAGACGGCUCUGGAGUAUGAGCGCUAUCUAAGGGAAGUGGUCGAGGCUCUGGAAGCUGAUCCCGAGUUCCGCCAGAAGUUGGACAAGGCCCCCGAGGCAGACAUACGUAGUGGCAAAAUAGCUCAAGAGCUGGACUAUGUGAAUCAUCAUGUGAGAACCAAGCUUGACGAAAUAAAGCGACGAGAGUUGGAGCGUUUGCGCGAGCUGGCCAAUCAGGCCUAUGAGCUGAAGAACGACAUCGAUCGAAAGCAUCUGAAGGUGCCUCUGCAUUUGGAUCACGACAAUGAGCACACUUUCGAGAUAGAGGACUUGAAAAAGUUGAUUCAGAAAACGUCGGAUGAUUUGGCCGAGGCGGAUCGCAAGCGUCGUGGGGAUUUCAAGGAGUACGAAAUGCAAAAGGAGUUCGAGCGCGAGGCUCAGAAGAAGGAAAUGGACGAGGCGUCGCGCAAGAAGUUCGAAGCGGAGCUCAAACAAAAGGAGGAGAAGCACAAGGAGCAUGGCAAACUGCACCAUCCUGGCAACAAGGCUCAACUGGAAGAGGUGUGGGAGAAGCAGGAUCACAUGGACAAGAAUGACUUCGAGCCGAAGACCUUCUUCUCCAUCCACGACGUGGACAGCAACGGCUUCUGGGACGAGGCCGAAGUGAAGGCCCUGUUUGUCAAGGAGCUGGACAAGGUCUAUCAAAGUGAUUUGCCCGAGGACGAUAUGCGCGAAAGGGCUGAGGAAAUGGAGCGCAUGCGUGAGCACUACUUCCAGGAGACGGACACAAAUCACGAUGGCCUGAUCAGCAUCGAGGAGUUCAUGAUGCAAACAACAAAGGACGAGUUCCAGAAGGACCCCGAAUGGGAGACCAUCGACAAACAGCCGCAAUACACUCACGAGGAGUAUCUGGAGUAUGAACGCCGCCGCCAGGAGGAAGUGCAACGAAUGAUUGCCCAGGGACAACUGCCACCCCAUCCAAAUAUGCCUCAAGGCUACUACGCAGCGCCGCCACCCGGUGGUGUGGCCUACCAUGAAGCGCCGCCGGGUGCUCAGCUCCACUACCAGCAGGCAGAACAACAGCACACGCAGCAGCAGCAACAAUAUGCCCAGCAGCAGCAGCAAUACGCGCAGCAGUACCAACAGCAGCAAUACGGCAACGGACAACCCGUCCAACUACACCCCAAUCAGGUCUAUCAGCAUGCCGGACAAAUCCCACAGCAGCAGCCACAGCCUGUCUAUCAGCAGCCACAGCCUGUGCAACAACAGCAGCAGCCCGUCUAUCAGCAGCCACAGCCUGUACAACAGCAACAGCAGCCUGUGCAACAGCAACAGCAGCAACAGCAGCAGCCCGUGCAAUAUCAGCAACAGCAACCUGUUCCACAGCAGCAGCAGCCAGUGCAACAGCAACCCAUCCAUCAACAACAGCAGUCCGGAAACCAGCAACCUGUACAACAACAACAGCAGCAGCAGCCCGUUCAACAGCAACUGCCCCAAGCCCAGCAAUUGAAUAAUCAAAACCCACCGCCUGUGCAAAAUCAGCAGCUUCCGGUACAGCAGCAACAGAAAGAACAUCAGCAAAAUCAACAGAUACCACAGCAGCAACACUAAGCAUUCCUUUCGAUGUCGCAUUUGGUAUGGAGAACGUGUAGAAAUCUUAUUAAAUUUUUGGUUGAUUCUGAGACCAAUGAUUGGACUGAAAUAGCAAACACAAAACAAUAUCUCACUACGAUUAUAUGGCAAGAAACAAAAGAAUAACCGAAUGUCGAAUCGGCUGCCACAUUGUCUUUCCAUUUUACUAGUACAUCUUUCUUUUUUAUACUCUUUCUUCUUCUCCUGUCCCUCUGCAUUAUGCGAAGUUUUUUUAACGAAUUUUUUUGUACAUAUUACUAUUUAUAUAAUAUGAGUUUUUAUAGCAGAGAAAUAAAUAAAUGAUUGGGUCAGACCACGAAAGAAAACUUUACAAACGAUUCAAGGCAUCAUCACAGUAGUACUCGUAUAAUAAAAUAUACAACCCUCUUGAUCAAACGUAAGGCUUCAAGAUAAAUCGCUUUCCAUUCAAAACACAGAUGUGUACUACCGCUCUCAGCUCAUUCCCGACUUUACAAGCUGCGAAAAAACACACAGCACCCAAAAAGUAUGCGAGGCAAUCCACAAUCUACUUCUUAUGGAAGAAUUUCGAUUAUCACGAUCACGUAGUAAUUAC